AUGGCGGGCAUUGGAGAGGCGAGCGCCAUCGUUGGCGUUGCUCAACUAGGAUUCUCCCUCGCCAAAACACUGAAUACUUUGAUCGGAGAUUACAAAGAUGCCCGACAAACACUCACCCGAAUGGGUGCUGAGAUCGAGAGCACCUCGUUGGCGAUGGAACGCCUGGGUGAUCUUGCGAAGAAAGGAAGGCUGUACGGAAGCAAGGGCGUCCUGGAAGCUGCUGGCCUCGCAAACCGGUAUAGCGACGCCAUUGUCGAGAUUCGUGUCAUGCUCAAGAAGAAGAACAAACCAAUGAAUCCCAAUACUGUCAGCUCCGAUGAAAUUGAGCUCUCGUGUUUCGAAAAGAUUCGCUUUGCCUUUCUAAAGCCCAGGUUAGAAAUCUCGCAGCUCGAGGUUUCGCGUAUCAAAGCAGACUUGACCCUGACUUAUUUAUCUUUGAUUGCAUUGACUGGAGAUACCGACGCGGAGAAGAAACAGGCCUUGUCGGAGAUCCCUUCCUGGACGAGAACUCUGAAAUGGGCAAAUCUUGAAUUUGAGAAGGCCGUCGCUCGACAACAUAACAAUACGUCUGGUCCGCAACCUUUGAUAGGCUUACAGGCUCUUCCGCCACCUUAUGCUGUACCUUCACAUGAUCCCGGGCCUCGUCACUCACGUCAAAGACAGAGCAGUUUGAUCCAAGACAAUGCUCGGUACCCGGUUCACAAACAAAGCAGUGUGAUUCAGGACGAUGUAUCUGCAGAACAUCUCAAGCAGUAUAUCGAGUGGGCAGAGAAUAAGCACGCCGAGGCUCAAAGGAAAGCGGAAGAACUGAGACUUCAACAGCUGCAACUUGAGAAGAUGAAGAGACAAGAAGAAGAAGCUGCUAAAGAAAAAUUGAUUGCCGAGAAGGCUAUCAAGCAGUACGAAGAAAUGAAACGCUUGGAAGCCGCCGAACUUGCAUAUAAACAGCAGGAAAAAGACCAUGAUCUUCGACAGAGACUCCAGGCUGCCAAUGUUGCUGAGGACGAGAUCGAUAGAAUCAUGCGCAACGCCCCAUUGAUGCUAGCUGGUCCAGGCCGGGAUAUGAAUGUGGGUGUCGCACAUACCCCGGGGGCCCCGAACGGUCCAGUUGCGUUGAUAUCUCAGGACAAUGGCGGUCAUAACAACAAUACGUUGCGCAGCCAACAAGCUCAAGGUGUACGGAACCAGAGGGAAAGGUAUUCGCAGCCAUUGUCAACUCCAUCGCGACUAAAACCGGCACCGAGUAUGGAGAAACCUCUCGAAAGACCUGUUCUAGAAGCAUGGUGUAUCGAUCAAGGAUCUCAAUCACGCUUCUGUACGCCCUUAGCCGAAGACUGGCUAGAUGACUUCAUCGCCAGUAAGACUUACAAGAAGAGCAGCCAACUCAUGUGGGAACGCUACGCUCAACUACACUUAUGGUAUAGGAAGCAAAUUAAUGAUGUUUUUGAAGAGAAACAACGGGACGCGAAACACAAAUGGAGCAUGAUCUCUUUGCAUCAGAGUAAACAAACGAGGUCGCCAUUCUUGCUACGUCGACCUAGCAAGGACUCACUGGUACAGAUGAUACUCGUGCGGGUGCCAUUUCACAGCGAUCAAAAGUAUAAAACCUGGCUUAAUGAGGGGGAGGAUGGCGGCAGGAUCCUCCCUAUACUUCCCUCAGCUCCCCUGCCUGGGCCACGGAGACCAAAUAUUGAGCUUUACAUCAAUGAAGACGUCGAUAACGACAUCCGGGACCCAGAGACAGUACAGAGUACUGGACAUCCGGCAGAUAGGUCUGAUACAACUCCUGAUGAACGAACUCCUUCUCAGAAACAAGCAACCAUCAUCAUUGAGGUCUUCAUGAUUGAUGGUGGCUACUCUACCAUCCUUCCUAUUGUUACGGUCGAUGCUUCGUCAUUGUUGGAUGGCGGAUACGAAUACAUUGAAACUGAUUCAGAUUAUGUCAUACAAGAAUUGGUGAAGGGUUCAGAGCUUGACUCUCUCAUCGAUCAGAAGUACAGGUCUAUUGCCGUCAUCAUAUACGAUCAAGAUUUCCAGUCCAUGCAAGCCGCUGAAAGAACAUCGGCCAGACGAUACAUCAAGCAGCAGAAUUUCCCGGCUUCCAACUUGAUCCGAGGCCGCUUUUUAUGUUUCAGAUUUGUCCAAAGUGACGACAUUGGGUUCAAUGGCCUGCGUGGAGAUUUCGUUAGAGACUCUCUGGAGGGCAUGAAUACUCCACACAAACGAGUUGAACUCUUGCCUUUGCGACACGAAAUGCUGCCAGGCCGUCAUGCUACCCUGGCCCGGCCCAAGGAAACCCGUUUUGAUAUGCAACGGAACAGGUCAUAUGUUCUGCCUUCCUCAAGGGAACGCGAUAAUUCGUUUGACGAUUAUGAAGCAGUGCGGCUUCCCUCUCCUGUCCACGAUUACGGGUAUCCACAAUCGAGUAGACAGAUCGUGCACCCAUCCCGUUUCACGCCAGCAGCGUAUGGCCCCCCAGCCCCUAUACUUAUCAAUAACCAUGUACGCAAUGACGACUAUGCGGCGGAAAGAGAAUGGACUGUAGGCCCCCGAGCGAGCCUGUCACGGCAAAGGAGUCGGCACAUGGCCCCUUCGGGCGCGCAACCACACGGGAGUUAUGGCUUUGAAGCUGAUCAACGAUCAAGAUAUGCACAGGCUCGUGAGACGGCAAUCACCAACCCCUUCGCACCUGGCGGAAGUCGGUCUCGGUCACGUCUUUAUGAGAUAGACGCCGACGUGCGACGCCGAAGGUCGCGAUCACGCGGCUCCUUCUCUGAUGGCUCAUACGAGGGUUUCGCCAUGCGGGGAGGCAACAAAGAUUCUCGGCAUUACGAAUCCCGCGAGCGAGACAGAUUCGACGAGAUUAGGCUACCACGUUCGAGAAGCCCACCGUUGGAGGAUGACCCAUAUGGAGACGUCACAAUUGUUCGAGGCGCUUAUGCACGAGGCCAACGAAGCCUCUCACCAGUGUAUCGAGAAAGAGAGUAUAUAUCAUCACGCCCACCAAGGCCAUAUGGUUUCCAGGGAGUGGCAAUGGAGGAUGUAGAUGAUGGAGAGCAAGAGCUUCAAAGUGACAAGGAUAUCACUGCCAUGCAAUUGGCCAAGAUCACGGGGGGAAUGCCCUCCAACAUGGAAACGACCACAGAAAACACGGCUACAAAGACGACCGAGGAACAGAAGCCAGGACCAUUGAAACAUGAGGCUGAAAAGGCGGGACCGUACCGGGAAAGAUCAACCUAUGUGGAAGAUACAGUUGAUGAUGACGAUAUCGCCAACAGGCCCAUUGAGGACCGGAUCUAUGAGAUACACGAGGAACCGGAGCCACUUUUUGUUGAAGUUGAAGACGAAUUCACCCAACGUCAGCAACCCAGCGAGCCUCCAAAAGCCUUCGAAGCAUCAGCGUGGACUUUCGGGUUAAAUGGCAAGAAUGCCAAUCAUGGCACUACUGCAGCUCCUACUGAGAACAAAGGGAACAAGGAUCAUAAUCAGUGGGAUUGGUCGACGACGGCAAAAUCCAAAGCUGUUGCAGAUGACGGGUGGGGCGCGUCUUGGGGCACGACGUCCAAAGACAAGAAACAGAAGAAAAAGAAAAAGAAAGGCACCACCACCACCACCGUAUCUGCAAACUCUCGUGAACGGCACCGCGAGGACAGUGGAGAAGAAGAAAUGCCCACCAAAGGCUCUGCUAGCCGUGGUGCCGGGGCAUCAAAGGCCAAGGAUGAUACCAUUACCGAGGAGUCUGAGAGAGAAAGGCGGUCCCGGAGUGAGGAGAGCACGGGGUGGGCUGCAGGGGACGCUGUUCUACGGAGGAGGAGCAGGAGGAGGAGGGGGACGAGCACGACUGAUGAUGAGAACAGUGGAAAGGCAGCAAAGGACGCUCUUGUUCGUCAUCGUCGGAGGGUGAGUGACUCGACUGACGAUGAGAAGAACUGGUCAUGGGCUAGCGAUCAGAAGGGCCAUUAUGAUGCUUGGGAUAAGAGGAAGAAUACAGGCAAGGAGAAUUCUCGAUAUAUUAGCGAAUAG